UAAUACUUUUUCAUUUAGUACUGUGAUAUAUAUCAAAGCGCCAUGGUAUUACUGUAGUACCACAACAAGUCUUUACUGCAAAGGAGUUUGCUCACUUAGCUUUAUACUAGCGUGGUGGUCUCUGUCCCAGAUUUGUGAUGCACAGGCAUUAGUCCAAGGGUCAUCACGGUGGGAAACCAGGACACAUCUUACUGAGUUCUGGGUGUGUCUGUGUAACUACAGUUUGAGUAUUUAUAUUUAUAGUGCUGGAUAAUGUGGCAGGGAGAUCGACACACAUUUUUUGGCCUACAAAAUCCGUCCCUCUGUUUCUGAGACUCUAUGGCGCUUCUUUUUGUGAACUUUAUUGAUGUUCCGUUCACUCCUAAAUAAAUGAAUAAAACCCAGUGGGAGGAUGCGCUCAUGCGUCGUGUGAUGUAUGGUGUUAAUAUCUUCCGUGUGUGUGUGUUUAUAAGGGCCAGAGUCACUGUGAUGGGGCUUGUUUGCUGUGUUCAUAGUGGAAAUCACUAUGGCAACUGCACUAGCAGCACAGUGUGAAGUGGAGCUCGAGUGUGUGUGCUUGUGUGAGAGCAAGAGGAUGAGAGGGUGUCAUCGACAGCGAGGCACAAAGAAAAUGAGAGAUUGGAGUCGAAUCCAUCCAAUGUGAGGAUGAGCGCCUGAAAAUGUAAUAACAGAAUUCAGCUUCUGGUCUAUGUAUCCGUUACUUCCUCUUGUCGUCACUGUGCUCACAUACUGCAUUGUUAUUGGCUGACCGGCUGAUUCAGAAAGAGAGGAGCGCAGGCAACAUCUUGGCUUUACAAAUUCAACAAGGAGGCAAGAAGGACAGACAUCAAGCCUUGUGAAAGGAUUACGGUAUUUUGAGCCAGAUCGUACAACUCUUAGUUAUUAGUUUUGAUCCGAUUCUUUUUUUCACAAAAAACUGUGACUCUAGACUGUAAUUUCCUUAAACGCCCCAUUGCCAGCAUCUGUCAGUUUUGUAGUCUGUAAAGAAUUUGGGGUGUAGCAAUUUUCUGUUCCUUUUGUUCUGUUUUCUCGUCACUGUUACGAGAUCGUAGGAGUGGCGUUUGUUCCAUCACCUUGUUUCCCUUUUGGCAAACUCAAUUUGUUGGUUAUCUUUCCGUUUAUUGUCUAAACAGUGCUUUUAGCCGAGAGGAAGAAGUGAUUUUAUAAGUGGAAUAUUCCUAACAGGCAUAUUAACUGGAAUUUGUUGAGUCCUUGACAAACAUUCUUUGUGCAUCACGAGUGCGUCCGUGUUCUUGAUUCGAGACUUCAUUCAGAUCAUUUAUUGCGACUUCGACAGCACAAGCAAAACAUUUAUUUAGGACCCAAGUGGGUGAACAUAUCAAGGUCGUUCUUAGGAAAUGGGAUCUGAAAAAGACUCGGAGUCUCCCCACUCCUCCGUCAGUGGCGUUCCCAAUCCCAAAUGCCGUGGAAAAAAACAAGGCAGGAUUUCAUUUCACAGUCUGUUCAAUGGCAAACGUGGAUCCAGGGGAAACAAGGCUAAUGUGGGCACUCCUCUUACACAACAGCUGCACCAACAACAGCAACAACAGCUUCUCCAGCCCCCCACACCCACCAACGUAUCUUCAGACCCAACAGCGACAGACCCCGCCGAGCCACUGUCCGCCAGCCGGGCCUCUCUAGGUGGCCAAGAUUUCCUAGAGUGCCCCUUGUGCUUGGUGCGGCAACCUGCGGAGCAACUUCCCGAGCUCCAGAACUGCAGCCAUCGGUCCUGUCUGUGCUGCUUACGUCAGUACCUGCGUAUCGAGAUCACGGAGAGCCGAGUGCAGCUCAGCUGCCCGGAAUGCGCAGAACGACUGUCUCCUCGGCAGGUGGCCCUCAUUCUGGACGACCCUGUACUGAUGGAGAAGUACGAGGAGUUCCUGUUGCGCCGCUGCCUAGCGUCAGACCCAGAUUGCAGAUGGUGUCCAGCCCCGGACUGCGGUUUCGCAGUAAUUGCAUCCGGAUGUGCCAGCUGUCCAAGGCUGGUGUGUCGAAGGGAAGGGUGUGGUGCCGAAUUCUGUUACCACUGCAAGCAGGCUUGGCAUCCUAACCAGACCUGUGACUCUGCUCGCCAACAGAGAGCGCUGUCCUUGAGAACACAUAGCAACCAUUCACCCAGCUACACGGCUGAGCAGGGACAUGCCGAUGACAUCAAGCCUUGCCCCCGAUGCGGUGCCUACAUCAUCAAGAUGAACGACGGCAGCUGUAAUCACAUGACCUGCGCCGUGUGCGGCUGUGAGUUUUGCUGGCUCUGUAUGAAGGAGAUUUCAGACCUGCACUACCUCAGUCCAUCAGGUUGCACCUUCUGGGGAAAAAAGCCUUGGAGUCGCAAGAAGAAAAUUCUUUGGCAGCUGGGCACUUUGAUUGGUGCACCGGUGGGCAUCACUUUGAUCGCUGGCAUCGCAGUUCCUGCCAUGGUUAUUGGCAUUCCGGUUUACAUUGGACGCAAGAUCCACUCACACUAUGAGGGGAAGAAGAUCUCCCACCACAGGAGAAAUCUGGCUAUCACUGGAGGCGUGGCUUUGUCAAUCAUCACCGCCCCUGUCAUCGCUGCCGUCAGUGUGGGAAUUGGUGUUCCAAUCAUGUUGGCAUAUGUGUAUGGUGUUGUGCCUAUCUCUCUGUGCCGCGGUGGGGGAUGUGGGGUGAGCCGGGGCAAAGGACGAGGUGUAAGAAUAGACUUUGACGAGGAUGAUGGACCUAUUACAGUUGCUGAUGCAUGGCGAGCACUCAAGUCCCCCAGCCUGGGUGAGAGUAGUUUGGAGGGAGGAGCUAGUGGCCUCAGUACCACCUCUCCGAGCGAGGGCCUAUCAGUGGCUCCAGAAUUCAACACACUAGCGGGAGGAGCGCUUGGUGCUAGGACGGGAAAAUACAGCAGGCUGGAGGUUCAGGGAACAGAACUGGGAAAGGAGGCUGGCGGCAGGGAGACAGGCAGCUUGGGAGCAGCCAGUGAUUGUGCCAGCACAAGAGGAAUGGCAGGAUCUAUCACGUCCUCUUACACUUUACCUGACAGAGAGGGCACUAACCAUGAGAUCCAGGUGGACAUUGAAACUAAACCCAGCCAUCUGUGUUUGACCACUGAAGAGGAUCUGGCUCCGCCCACUUCUGCUAUGGCCCCCGGCUCAGGGGAGGAGCCUCUGGACUGUAGUUCCCGCAGAAGCGGUGUAGUGUUGGAUUCCCCUCUCGCUCUUUCCCCGGGGGUGUCACUCAUGGAGGGUUUUAGAGACGUCACCCUCGCUCAGCCGGAAAGCAUCCGCAGUGACCUGGAGAUGUCCGACACACAGUCGGAUGACAUCGCGGAACUCACCUCUGACGACUGUGACUCGCCCCACCCCAAGAGUUGCCACAUCGCCCCGCCGCAGACAACCUGCAGAGCCUUGAACCCCACCGACAGCUUGCACUGUCCCGACAAUGUCAUUCUUUACGUGUGAGAGCGACAAUUGCACAAAUCAACUGUUUCUGAGCUUCUGACUUGUUAACGCUUACCUGUUGUUUUGCUGCAUUUUAUAAUUAUUAAAACACCUUACUCGCAUCUAGACAACUCAUGGAAAUGACUGAUCAUCGCUCUGCUCUCCUGUCCGCAUCUCUUCGAGAGCACGGAUGGGUCCUCUACCUCUUCAGAAAUUCAUACUGUUAUUCAUUUUGUUGUUGUGUUUACUUCUUGGUACAACAACAAUGCCUUGAGCAAACUAAAAAAGGGUAAAAGGACAGUUCACCCCUUAAAUGAAAAUUCUGUCACAUAUUACAAACCUGGAGGAUUGUAUUUCUUCUGUCAAACAUCAAAGCAGAAUGUUCGGCUUUUUAUAAAUGCUCUAUAUUUUUUAGUUUUCUGAAGCCAUAUGAUAACUUUAAUCUGUUCUUAAGUGAAUUUUUGGUGCUUGGCAACCAUUGGUCACCAUUCACUAUUAACACAGAGAAAACAGAUCUUCACAAGAUCUGCAUUUGCGUUUCAUGGCAGAAAGAAAGUCAAACAGGUUUGAAAUGAGAUGAAGUUGAACAAGAAGAAACGUACAGAAUCUUCACAUGUGGGUCAACUGUCCCUUUAAACAGGUACUACCAUUGCCACAAGAAUUUACUUAGAAAACAAACAAACAAAUAAUGCUACAGAGUGAAAUGUCAUCAAGCACACUUACAUGUGAAACUCCUGAAUGGUUUGAGUGACUUACUUCUUUUUUCUGAAUGAUUUGAUGAACAUUACAGUAUUGUCUGUAUGUUUGUUUGUCUUUGAUAUGACCAGGAAGUUGUAUGAUUUGCCGUAUGCAUGCGAAAACAAGCAGAGUAUUGUUUUGGUCACCCGGACCCAGUUUGCACAGAAUACACAUUUUAGGUUAAUCACCCGCAAAACGAAAGACAUCAGUAUAGAAGUCACAAGCAGACAGCGUCACUUGAAUCACUGACUGCCUGCCUUACAGACAGAGCACAUGCACUCGGUUUCCUUAAACUGUCUGUAAUUCACUGACAACACUGUCUGUGCCCUCGUGAGUUGAGACUGAGAGAAAGGAAAUGUGUAUUUGCUAUGUGUGGAUGUUUACCAGUGUUGAUUUUAUUGAUGAAUAUGAAAUUGUAUAGUAUCAGUCCAUUCACAUGCAUGUCUAUUAAAUUUUUGUUUUUUAUUAUUUUCAAUCUCUUAAGCACACAGCUUUUAAAUUUUUCACGCGGUUUUAUGUUUAUUUUACCUGCUAGCUGGAUGGAUGGAGAGAAGGGUUGGAUUGAUGGAUGAAUGAGCACUCCUGCACUUUAUCCUAUUUAUCAUCGUUAUCUUAUAUUUAUGCACUCCCUCUUCUUUGGUUUUCAGCCUCUCUGGGAUUACACAAUAUUUGAAAACAGCAGUCGUGAUUUUAUUUAAUUGGAUGUAAUGGGAUGUUGAAAGUUUCAUAUACUCUAUGUGCUAUAAUGCUUACUGAAUCUUCUGCGCAGCUAUCAUAAUAAUUAUGUGCGGAGAGUAUUUUUACAUGAAUGAUGGGUUUGGCUUUGUCUUGUAAUCACACAAAAAAAGGAUUUGUGGUCGACUCAUCUUUUGCUCUUUUUGUGUGUGUAGAUGCUUUUAUACUAAGUAGAUUUUUGGCGAAUUGUGAAAAGUACUUGACAAUUUGAAUAUAAAGUGAAAUGAGUGUUAACAACUAAAUUUUAAUUAAAUAAGCAAUAUGCAGAAAAGUUGUGUUAAAUCUGGCAUUGUUUUGUAUAUCCCCACAAAGCAAAGAUAACUGCACUGGCUGUGAGUGUUUGAAACAAUAUGAGAAUAAACAUUUCUUCCUUUGUGGCAA